AUGUUCCAAAAACAAGCUUUAGUUAUUGGUAAUAGUGCCUAUGUACAUCAAGCCAGAAGUUCAUCUGUACAUGAUGCAAGUGAUAUGUCUUAUUUAUUACGUUCUAUUGGAUUUUUGACGCAUUCUGCUGUCAAUCUCAACACCAUCGAUUUGUUAGAACGAACGAACAGAUUCUUACAAUCCAUCCAAGCGAAUUCAAUUGUACUAUUGUAUUUCUCUGGUCUUGCUGUUCAGUACGAUGGCAAUACCUAUCUAAUGCCAACAAACAAUCAUGUAGUUAAUACAGACACUGUAAAAGAACUCUCCUUAAACAUAGACCAAUACAUUGGGAAUAUAGUUAAUAAAAGUCCUCGAGCAAUAAUAGUUAUACUUGAUUGCUAUCGUCCUCCUCAAUCAAUAAUAACUUUGACACCUUUCUUUGACAGAGAACCACUUGGAUUAACGCAAGGUCUUGCCCCAAUACGUCCGCCACCAUCAACAGUCAUCGCCUAUUCAUGCAGUCUAGGAUCAACCUUUAAUGCAUUAGCAAACAACGGUCGAAACAGUCUUUAUACUUAUUAUUUACUUCACUACUUAAGGAUGCCCAAUGUUGAUAUUGACACUGUUUUAAAAUACGUUGCAUUAAAUGUUCAAAGAGACACUGCCAAUAAACAAAUUCCUGAACGAUACAGCAAUGUUCAGGAAUAUCUUUGUCUUGUUGGUAAUCCAUAUGUGAAGAGUGCAGGAUGGUUUGAUGGUACACGGUCAGAUUCCGCUUUGCAAUCAAUGAACUUCUACACUUCUCAACAUUUACAUCUUACGAGCAGAAUUCUAUUUCAAUGGCCUUAUUUCUAUCAAAGAUUUCUCAUGCAACGAUAG